GAUGGCUGCUCUGCCGCCUGAGGCAGUUGGUCCGUCAGCGCCAGUCUGUCAGCGGGGCCGCUGCGCCAAGCAGGGCGUAGGGUCACGUCUCAUUCCUUCCCUGCCUUCCUUCAGCCCCUCCUUGGCACACGUCGGGCAGGACUUGCGCUGGCUCCGCCAUGGUGCCUCCUCCACCUCUGCCCGGAGCUAGCGCAGCUGUUCAGUGCCUCACGUCCUUCCUUGACGCUUUAAUAACGUCUCGGGUGACAGCGUAGACCUCCCUGGGAGAGGGAGAGGAGGCCUGGCAGUGCCACCCGCAGCAGAAAGUGACUGAUGGGCUGGUCCGGUUCGUCUCGGCGGGCUGUGCGCAGGCUCCGCCGUGCGAGGCCGUAGCCGCUGCAUGGACGCUGCGGGCUCCGCGGCAGCCGCGUUGCUCUGGAACGGUGCUUGGCAAAGGCUGGCUCUUGGCAUUCGGAGUACAGCCUGCAGUGCUAACCCUGCCAACCUGGCAGGAUCAGAGACCGGGAGGUCGUUAUGCUGCAAGUCAUAGGCUGAACAUUAAUGUCCAGUUCUGCCAGUUACCGCUGCGGCUGCCUCGCAGGGCUGUGAACGGUCGUGGCUGAGGGCUCAGAUUGAUGAUCUCUCCAAAUGUGUGUUAGCUGCUGAGCAGAGCCAGUAAACAAACUGGUGCGAGAUCCGCUGGGGCCUGCGAGUCAGUCAUUGAAGCACAGAAUUGGUUGGAAUUUUAAGAUCAUCGAGUCCAACCAUUAUCUCAGCACAUCUUUGUACCGUCUGAACACCCUCAUGGGAUAGAGUCCAAGCACUGCAAAAAAAGGACACACCUUGAUUUGUGGAUUUAAAUGGAAAGCAGGGUUAAGAUACACAACAGACAUGAAAUGCUGCAAAUGAUGCUACUCAAAAAAAGGAACGCCUCUGACACAGAGAAUAUGGACACAGUGACCCCUUUUUCACUCUAAUUGUGCGAUAAAAUGCAGCUUCCAGAAGUCACUUUCAUUACAGUUGCCCCUACGAGAAAAUCUACAAUUAAUCAGUAAUUUAUUAGUUUAUUUCCUCAAAGAGAGAUCCAGAUUUAUAAACCAUGCAGAAUUCUGGGGGGAAAUUGAUUUGAUGCGUGCCAUUAGUUGUCAGUCGUGCAAUAAGGACACGUACAGCAUGACUAGUUGAUUAGAGAGGGUUCUUCUUAGGCUUCAAUCUAAAACGGUAAUGAAAACAGUAAUGCACUUGGCGCCUAGGGAAAGAAGUUCAGACUCUCGUUGACCUGGUGGGCUUGUGAAUCUCUCAUUGGCUAAGAUGUCCUGUCUGGUUCUUGUCAGCUCCUCCUAGAAAGGUGGAGUUUCUCAGGAGGCUCCCCUAAAGAGGGUGAGAGGAGGAAAAUGCUUCUCUCUAGGAGGGGUUGCUGAUAUUUUUAUAGAGGGAAACAUACCCCAAGCAGGGAGGAGGAAACAGAGUGCAAGUCAUACCACAAUUGCUGUUUGCAGGGUCUCUGAAAAAGAAAGUAUCAGGAGCACUGGAGAAUCAAGGACCCAGAACAUAGCCAAUACCUUGCUACCUGACCUAUCUAUUUUGGGUGAUGUGCUGAACUCUGAAGACAGAGGUGGUCUUCCACAAAAAACAGACGUUCAGUGAGGAAGAAGUGAGCAAAGGGGUGAACCUAAAGAAUCUGUUGGAGGUUUUUUUACCUCUUGGUGUUCCUGUGUGAAGUAAGUAUUAAUGCUGCCUAGUUUCACAGGUGGAGAAAGGCUGAUUAUACGCAGGCAAAAGGCUAGCAGGAGCUUUUCCAACAUUCUCCUCAACCAGAGUUCUCAUAAAGAGAAUGCAGACAUCAAAAAGAUGUAAUCAAACUACUUUGGUAGAAUCCUGUAAUUCAAUAGAACUAAUGCUAAGUACGAUUUUAGGUUUCCUCAUGUUUUCAUUCCUUAAUCCAUGUUAAUGUAGACACUGUCUGGAAUCCAUCUGAAAUCCAUACUAACAACCCAGGAGGAAAAAUGAGCAGGAUCAAGGUCAAAGAGUCAAACCUCACACCUCUACCUGCUUAAAAGGCUCUUAAGAUGUGUCUGGAGUGUUUUCAUGGUCUUGUGGGUCUUCUUAGGCCUUCUCAGUGACUGUGAGAUGUAGAUGUUUCUGGUUGCUAGUAUCACAAAUGCUGACAGCAGGACCAAAACAUAAAUUUGACUGAACUACCUGUAGCAGCUUGGAUCCCAGGUAGUUUGAAUAGCCUAACCAUUUCUAAAGGGGUGUUCACUGGGUAGCUUUCAUGCUGUAGAUGAGUUGAUUCAGUGAACACUUCCACAGUGCUCCAUAAUGUGGACCUAGAAGAAAACAUUGCUGCAGCUCAUGUUUUGGUAAAAUGGAUGGAAUAGGAAAAACCAAAACUGAACGUAAAUGGAAUAAGCAGAGGUGGGGAGCAUUGCUGAUGUGAGCAGUGGGGUCUGCAAGCAGCAGAUGAGCUCCUCUGCCAUGCUAGUCCUGUGGCAAAGCCGUGUUCUGUGAGAACAGUACUUGGAUGUGCAGUUUUGCUGUGGCACUUGCAACCUCACGAAUAAUGAAUAAAACUGCAGACCUCUGAAGUAAGAGCAUCCCGAAUUUCUGGUAAGAAAACCCGUAGCAGCCGUUGCUGAUCCGUCUGCAGAGGAAGCUCUGAGGUGACCGAGGCUCACAUUUCUUGCGGCGGCCUAAAGCUGACUGGACGGAGAUUCGGCCAGCAGGCGCCGUGCUCCAGGUUCGCGGGGAAGAGCUCAGUCACCUUUGGACCGGGAGAGAGGGAGGGAAGGCUGCUGAGGCUGCGAUAGGCCGAGGGCGCAGCUCCGCGGCUUUCCCGCCAGCGCGCCGCCGAUAGGGCGCGCCCGGGCCGCCCGGCCGAGAGGCGGAGCCAACGGCUGCCCAAGACCUCCGCGGGCCGUGCGCAAAGCGAGGCACUCUGGGAAUCCGCCCGCCGCCAUAUCUGUCUCUAUGGUAGCGGGGGAGGAGCGUCCCCGCCCAGCGCUCCGGAGCGGUUGCGAGGAGGAAAUGGCGGCUCGGCUCGUCUGAGACCUUCGUCUGCGGUGGCGAAAUCCUCUCAUCUUCUCCCCCCCCUUCCCCGUGGAGCCAGCAGUAAAAGGAGGAUUGGCAGACUUUGGUCCUGCUGGCAGUUUAGAGCCUCAGUCUGGCCCUUCUGAGUCAUGGGCUGGAUGGAUAAUGCUGCAUGACUCUGAUCCUUUGCUGCCCUCCUCUGGCUUUCUGCUUCAGUCAGCUCUGCCGGGAGAGACCAUUCGAACAUCUAAUGCUGUGUCAGCAUUUCAGAGUGGGGACAGUAGUGUCCAUGUUAUGGAACAAGCUGUAAAUUCACAACCAGUGCCAUUAGAAUCUGUAUCUAAUACUGACAACAUGGAAAAUAAUUUUCCUGCAUCAGUUUUGGAUGAGAAAGGUGAACAAAGCAAUGAGGAAGAACAAAAAAAUAUCAAGCCUACAAGUAAAGAGUUCAGGAAAACCUGGGGCUUUCGAAGGACUACAAUUGCUAAGCGAGAGAGUGCUGGAGAUGCUGAUGUGGACUCUAGUGAACAGCAGCCACAGCAGCAGCAGCAGGGCUUGAACCUCAGGCGCAGUGGUCGGCAACCAAAACGAACAGAAAGAGUGGAAGAGUUUCUUACAACAGUAAGACGCAGAGGAAGGAGGAUUGUGCCUACUGUUCUGGAAGAGUCAGGUGAAACAGCAUCCUGUCCAGCCACUGAUGCUGAAACUGCUUCAGAAGACAGUGUUGAGAGCACUCCAGAUACAAAACCUGUGACUCGACGGAUUGUCACCAGGAGUAGCAAGGAGCAGAAAGACUCUAAAACCAGAGUUAUGAAAGAAGAGGAGGAGGAGGAGGAGGAAGAAGAAGGUGAUGAUGAUGAUGGAGAGGAGGAAGAGGAAGGUCAUACUUCUGAUAGUGAUAGUGAUGGGUUAACACUCAAGGAGUUGCAGAAUCGACUAAGAAAGAAACAAGUUGAAGAGAAACCUGGUCAGCUUAUCCUGAAGGACAUACAGAACCGUGUGAGGAAAGGAAACUCAGAACAAGAUCCUACAGAAAGAGGUGAUGUCCAGCCUGAAGAACAAGCUGAGCCUGAACUGCCUGUCAAACAAGAACCUGAGACUGCAGACGGCACCAAGACUGCAAGUCAAGUGGUUGUGUCUGAGGAAGACACUAAGGAUCUUCAGGUUCAGGAAGCAGACAAGCCAGCCCUUGGCCCAAAAGGGAUCACAGAUGAAGAGCCUGAAGAGAUGCCCAAAAGCAAACCUGAGUCUGAGAUUUAUGACCCAAAUGCAUUGUAUUGUAUCUGUCGUCAGCCUCAUAACAACAGGUUUAUGAUUUGCUGUGAUAGAUGUGAGGAAUGGUUUCAUGGUGACUGCGUGGGUAUUUCUGAGGCUCGAGGGCGAUUGUUGGAAAGGAAUGGUGAAGACUAUAUCUGUCCAAACUGCACCAUUCUCCAGGGACAGGAUGAGCCUAUUUCAGAAGCAGACCAGCAGGAAGCUAAACCAGGGCAAGUAAAUGUGGAUGGCACAGAAUUCACAAGCAUAGGAACGAUUGAACAAAAAUCUGUGGAGGACCAAGGAAUCAAGGGUAGGAUUGAAAAAGCUGCAAAUCCAAGUGGGAAGAAAAAACUAAAGAUAUUUCAACCUGUGAUUGAAGCCCCUGGUGCAUCCAAGUGCAUUGGCCCUGGCUGUUUCAAUCUGGCUCAGCCUGACUCUGUGUAUUGCAGCAACGACUGCAUUCUCAAACAUGCUGCAGCCACUAUGAAGUUUUUAAGUGCUGGCAAAGAUGGAAAACCAAAACCUAAAGAGAAGAGCAAACCAAAAUCUGAAAAACCUGGCAUGCCAAAAUCUCAACUACAGGCAGGUUCUAAGCCUCUGUCAAUCCAAAAGAGAAAUCUUCCUGAGAAAAGAGAGAUCAGUGUGAAGAAGACUGUUUUGCCAGCUACCAAGACUGAGGCAAACACUCAAGCUUUUGCUAGAGAGCCAGCAGCAGAGCACAGCACACCGUCCUGGGCAAGCGAUCAUAAUUACAAUGCUGUAAAGCCUGAAAGGACUGCUGCCAUUUCAUCUUCACUGUUGUUCAAAUCUCAAAGGGAAGAGAGAAGGAAUGAGGACAGAGCAGACUCCACACUAGCAUCAAAGAAAGCUGUUGCAUCUGGAACGGAGAAACAGACUUCUCUCCCGAAAAAUCUUCCUUCAAAGAAGCCAAUAUCCUUAUCUAUCACAUCAGUAACUAAGCUACCACUUAAACCUGUUUCAAGUUUCAAAGGUGUCAUUCCCAAGAAACCUUGGCCUUCUUCAGGCGGCGUUCCUUCAUCAGGCACUGCUCCUGCAAAGCAUUUGGCUCCGGCUCAGGGCUCAGCCCUUUCCAAAAAACCAGCUGCAGCUUCCACCUUGGGUGGAGGACUCAGAAAGAUUUCGCUUUCUCCCAUUGCCACCACAUCUGGAAGUAGUCAAGGAAAAGCAUCAACCAGCCCUGCCCAGUCACAACCCAACUCUCAGAUUCGGCAGAACAUUCGACGAUCCUUAAAAGAGAUUUUGUGGAAGAGAGUCAAUGAUAGCGAUGACCUGGUGAUGACAGAGAGUGAAGUAGGGAAAAUAGCACUCAAUAUUGAAAAGGAAAUGUUUAAUUUGUUCCAAGUUACAGACAACAGAUACAAGAGUAAAUAUCGCAGCAUCAUGUUCAAUCUGAAGGACCCCAAAAACCAGGGACUCUUCCAUCGUGUCCUUCGUGAGGAAAUCUCACUGUCAAAACUAGUGAGAAUGAAACCAGAAGAACUUUUGUCUAAAGAACUGUCUGUGUGGAAGGAGAAACCAGCUAAAGCAACUGUAGAGGCAAGAAGCAAAUCUCAGGAGAUUAAGAAAGCUGCUGUAAAACGGGAACACGUGCCGGCUGUAAACAUGGAAGAUUCUCCACCAGUGUCUGAUUCUGAUGAGCAGCAAGAGUCAGCCCGAAGCGCACCAAAUUUAAGUAGUGCUCCUCCUUUAGAUGUUUUUAGCAGCAUGCUGAAGGAUACAACAAGUCAGCACCGAGCCCAUCUCUUUGACUUGAACUGCAAAAUCUGUACAGGUCAAAUUUCAGCAUCUGAUGAUGAAGUACCAGCUAAGAAGAUGAAGACAGCACCUCUUGUUAAAAAAGUGGAGUCAAAAUCAAAACCAGAAGUUCAGUCAAAAUCUGAAAGUUCUGCACUAGCCCCAUCAGCAGAGCCUGACAAAGAAGCUGAUUCUGACGCAAUGGAAAUUGACCCUGAACCAGUAGAAGAUACAGUUUCCCAGAUAGUUGUAGAAAGAAUUUAUGUUCCUACAACACAGAGUUACAACAAUGUAGAUUCUUCUGUACCUGAAGAGGCUUCUGCUUUUCCUGCCACUUGUGCUGGCCCUGUUGUCACAACUGUAACUGUUUCUGGCAGAGACCCUAGGACAGCAAUGAGCAGCUCCUCUGGUAUUGCGACAUCAGCCCUGCGUUCUGGGCCUGCAUCCGAUAGAAUUUCAACAGGGGAAACAAAACAGGAGACUUCAAAACCAAUUAUGACAGUCCCCAAAUCAAUACUAACAAAGCCAUCAUCCUCACCAGAUCCAAGAUACUUAGCAGUUCAGCAAUCGCCCAAUAUCAACGUUGCAGAGCCACGCUCACCUCAAGACAGCGACACUUCCCUCUUUCUCUCUCGUCUCAACACCAUUUGGAAAGGAUUUAUUAACAUGCAGAGUGUGGCCAAAUUUGUCACUAAAGCAUAUCCUGUCUCCGGGUGCUUUGAUUAUCUUAGUGAGGAUUUACCAGAUACAAUUCACAUUGGUGGGAGGAUCUUACCGAAGACAGUCUGGGAUUACGUUGGCAAACUCAAAUCCUCACUUUCUAAGGAACUGUGUUUGAUUCGCUUCCAUCCCGCAACAGAAGAAGAAGAAGUUGCCUAUAUCUCUCUCUACUCUUAUUUUAGCAGUCGUGGUCGUUUUGGUGUUGUAGCUAAUACCAACAGACAUAUCAAGGAUCUCUACUUGAUUCCCCUGAGUUCUAAGGACCCAAUUCCUUCCAAACUCUUGCCUUUUGAGGGACCAGGUCUUGAGACAUCUCGGCCAAAUUUAAUUCUUGGACUGGUUAUCUGUCAGAAAGGGAAGCGUCCUGCCACUAGCAUUGAAGCAGAGAAGAUAGAGGAAAAGCGAAGCAGAAUUCAGACACACGAGGAAAGUGAAACCUCACUGUUCCCCAAGGGGCCACAAGCUGCUUCACAAGAGAAGAAGACCCCCAAAUACACCUUCUACUCUGCAGAUUCCUCUGUAAGUACAACACCACCUGGAUCUCCUCCACCUCCGCCUCCACUUCCUGUCCCGGACACCUCAGCGGUUACGCCUUCAGUAUUAAAAAUCCUGUCCUCGAUUAAAAGUGGGAGCACAGCUGCUGCCGCACCACCAGUUUCCACCACUGCUUCUGCAAGUGCUACUGCUACACAAGCUUCGUCCUCCAAAACUGCCACACCUCUGGAGCACAUCCUGCAGACACUCUUUGGGAAAAAGAAAACUUUUGAGCCUCUUGCCAAAGAUUCUGAAACUGUGCAGUCUUCUGCCCAGGAAGGUCAAGCUGCUGCUGAUGCGGGGGUGUCAGCUGUGCCACUGCUAGAUCCCAUUGUGCAACAGUUUGGGCAGAUGUCAAAAGAAAAAGCUAUAGAAGAGGAGGAAGAUGACAGACCAUAUGAUCCUGAGGAAGAGUAUGGUCCAGAGAAAGCUUUUGAAGUGCAGAGUGGGGAAAGUGAAAAACACUACAAUGUGGAAAAGCUGCCUAGUGCAGCAGAACUAGAGGAUGAGGCCUAUGAUCCCGAAGAUGAAACUAUCUUGGAAGAAGCAAAAGUGACUGUUGAUGAUUUACCUAACAAGAUGUACACAGACACUAAACCCAGCGCUUCAGAAACACCUGCUUCAUAUGUGCCUGACUUAUCUGCAGCCUCAUCCUUGGUAGAACAGCAAAAAAUGUUGGAAGAAUUAAACAAACAAAUAGAAGAGCAGAAAAGACAACUAGAGGAACAAGAAGAAGCCCUCAGGCAACAAAGAGCAGCUGUUGGUGUUUCAAUGGCUCAUUUUUCAGUGUCUGAUGCUUUAAUGUCACCACCGCCAAAAUCUUCCCUUUUGAAGGCUGAAUUAUUCCAUCAGGACCAGCAAGCUACACAAAAAGGAGAUGCCACUUCCUCUCAAAGUCAGCAAGCACAAGUUUUAAACCAGGGCUGUGACCCGAGGCAGAACAGGGAUCCUCGACAAGCUAGAAGGAUGGCCACCGAAACUAACGACAGUGCUGACUCUCGCAUCAAGCCACAGGUGGCACAGAAUGAGAUCGCCCCAAGAGAAGUGGCUCCAGCAGGCUUUCCAAGUGCUUUGCAGACUUCACUUGGUAAGGAAGAUCAGACUUUAAUUCCUGCUGCUCAGCCUGGUUUCAGUGGGGAUAAUUGGGUUUCAAGUGAAAAGGCUUCCACAGUGUCCCAGAAUGAAGCAUCUACCAGCAGCUUUGAAAACACUGUUCAAGUUAAUCUGGAAAACGUAAGUCAAGUUGCUACAGGAGAACCAGCAGCCAAGCCUGUGCGUAAAGUGCUGCUCCCAACACCUCCCAGUACAUCUUUUCAGCCUAAUUUCUCCACCCCAAAUGACAGCCAGGCUUUGCCAGACAUGCAUCAAAUACCGUGGUCCAAUGAGUCAAGUGAGGUAAUGGGAAGGGAUUCUUUUUCCAACCCAAUGUUUAUUGCUCAGGAAAAUGCAGCUGGUCACUUCGAACCAUCAGUGCAGUAUGAUGAACAGAGAAAUCCUCAGUCUCAUCAGUUUGUAGAACAAACUGAAUCUCCAUCACACUUUGAAGAAAACCAAGCUGGACCUCCAUUUUCCAUGUCUGGGCAAAAAGGAGGGCCUCCACCCCAAAUGAUGAUGAAUGCACCUGGAGGACCUCAUGGGCCUAAUUUUAGAGGACCAGCACCGCAGUUCCCUGAAGAGCAUGGAUCUCCAAAUAGUGAUGGACAAAGGGGACCUGCAUCUGGAAGAUUUGGAGGUCAAAAGGGCCCCAUUCCUUCCUUAUUUUCUGCACAGCAUGGACCACCAUCUCUUUUCGGUGAUAAUAGGGGUCCUGCCUCUCCUUAUGGUGUUCCAAGAGGAAUGUCACCAUCUCAGUUUGAAGAUUGCAGGGAACCUCCCAUGGAACAAAGGGAAUACUCAGAUUCCCAAUACAAUGAAAUGAUUAGGCCUCCAGGACAGUAUGAAGGACCAGAUCCACCUCAGUUUAUGGGAAACAGAGGACCUUCACCGUAUCCUUUUGGAGGUCAAAGACGGCCCCCACCUGCUCAGUUUAAAGGACAGAGAGGAGGCUCCCAAUUUGGAGGGCCAAGAGGUCCACCCCCGAGCCAUUUUGGGGGACCAAGAGGGCCUCACCCAAAUCAAUUUGAAGGGCAGAGAGGUCCAGCUCCAAAUCAUAUGCCUGGUCCAAGAGGACUUUUGCCACAGCCAUUUGAAGAACGGAGAGGGAAUUCACCACCAAGAUAUCCCAACCAGAGAGGUCCAGCACCGAUGCAGUUUGGAGGACCAAGAGGAUCUACACCUGGAAUGUUUCCAGAAGAAAAUGAUUCCAGAUUUCAUUUUCAAGGUCAGUCAACACAAGGUAUGAAGCCACCCCCAAGACCACUUCUGGACCUUCCAGGCCAUCUAUCAUCCCACAGAAAAGAGAUGUGGGAGGAGGCUGGACCAUCAGCAUCUCUUCCCAAUAUGUCUGGACAAGGAGCUGAGUCGGAAGGACAGUGGUCAGCACCUGACUUCCGAGAGGGCAAGAAUCCUGAAUUUAGAGGCCAGACGUUUGAAGGGGGGAGACCGAGAGAGAGAUACGAGGGAGGAAAUAAGGACAAAGGUUUAGAUCAACCAGAGCCUCAGCAGGCAGAUAAUCGACAAGGCAGACCCUUUGAUGAGAGACGGAGGGACCGAGAACACAGCAGGCCUUGGGAAAGAGACCGUGGCAGAAGCUGGAAUAGAGACCGGGACUGGGAGAGGCACAGAGACAAGGACUGGGAUAAAGGCAGAGACAGAAGCCAAAACAAAGACAGAGAGAAGGAUUCAGAGCGGGCUAAAGAGUGGGAAAGAAGCCGAGACAGGGACCGAGACAGACCAAGAACCAGAGACAGAGACUCCUACAGAAGACGUGACAGAGAGCGAUCGAGAAGCAGGGACAGAGAUCGCGACAGAGAGAAGGACAGGGACCGGGAUCGAAGCAGGGAGAAGGACAGAGACCGAGACAGGGAUCGAGAUCGGGAAAGAGAAAGAGGCAAAGAUCGCAAAGAUCGGAGUAAGAGUAAGGAGAGUGGUAAAGAGACGAAGCCAGAACCACCGAAGGAAGCUCAGAAGCCAACAGAAACAGAAGCUUCAUCUUCCACUAAUCAGUCAUAGAAACAUGGCUGUUCUGUUUCCCCUAAACAAAACACUUGUACAACCCAGCAAGGACCGAGGCAGCAUCUUCUGUACAUAGUGUAUAUUCUCACCCUCUCAAAGAUGCUGGCCAGAAUGAAACUGGCCUUACAAAAAAGACUGAGUAAUGAGUGACUUUUGGACAACUGUGAAUGCAAAUCCUCAGCUAGAGCAAAGGCAAGGACACAGUGGACUUUUCACUUGCUGCAUUUUGUGCAUAAUGUUUUUUCUUACAAAAAUUCACAGUCGUUACCUGUACUGAAAUUUUGUUUUUCUACUUGCAUCUUUAUCUGAAAAUUUCCAUUUACAGUUCAGAAAUGGGAAAAAAAAGAAGAAGAAACAAACAAACAAAUAAAUCUACAAAGAGCAUAUUGCUUUUUUAAGAUUGUAAAGUUAUGUUUUCCAGUAACUUGAAUUGUAAUUUUAUAAGAGAAUUUAAUCCUGACCUUAGGAGCCAUACCUUUACAUCUCAUUUAGGUGAUAUUUCAGUGUCAGAGUCGUUCCUGCAGCACAGCCUUUGAAAACCAGGGAGUCCAACCUUGUCAUCUUUCUUUUUCAACAGAAGGGUCUUGUGUGUUGUAGAAAAGGCUGCAGAAGAUCAGUGUUGAUAAUCAUUGGUGACUGAUUGAGGAAUUGAAAAUGAAAUGUUCUAAGCUCAAAGUGCACUAUCUUCUUUUUUUAUAGACAGGUAUUUUGUGUUCUGGAAUCCAUCUGUUAAGUGUACAGACUAAAAACCAGUCCUACUUAAGGCUUCUUCCUGAGGCUGAGGGGUUUUAAAUGUCAAAUUUUAACAUGUCUGUAAUUAAAGAACAUACAAAAAUAACACCUUUAUAACCAGCAAAGUACAGAAAAGCAUCAGAUAGGUAUUUGAAAACAGCCAAGCCUCUAAAAAUAGGUAUACCAAAGGAAAGGAGAAUUACUUGGUUAACUAGGCCACUAAAUCUGGUCCCUCCAUUGAACUGAUUGGGUGGAGCAAUUUUUUUGGGUUUCUUUUGGUGUUACCUAAUUUUGCCACAGAUUUAAGAAACGUCCCAAUUUUAUUGUACUUUUCAUUCUAAAAGUGUUUUGCUCCUGAAAAGGAAAGAAGUCACUUGUUUUUUUGUUGUUGUUAGACCCUGCUUUAGGCUGGUAGUGCAUAUUAAAAAACUCUCCUCUGGAAAAAUACAAAAAGCCUAACUGAAUUAAGCUUGACAAGCAGAGUGGUGGGGACUGAAGGUUAUCAUUCAAGAGAGAUGUUUUUCAUGAUGAAUUCCAUGACUUUGCUACUUUUCAUGUAUUCUUCAAGUGUGUCAAGCGUGAAAUGAAACCCUGCUUAAUUUAUUUGAACGGUGUAAAUUAACAGUUGGGUAAAUAUUUUGAUAUUUUUAUAAACUAGUUUUGGAACUGUAAAAUUUAGCUUCCUACAAAGCUUUGAAGACUACAUUACAAGUAGCAUGGACGCCACCUAUCUCACCACAGAACUUUCAGUCCAUACUGGUGCAUCUUUGAAGUCCUUACCCAUCAAGGAUUUGCUAGUUGAAAGGAUCCAUCUGUAAUUCUGAACCUGUAGAGAAAACAUUUAACAUGCAGAGAGGUAGUAUGAAAUGCAAACAUCUACUAUGGUGUAAGAUUGGUUGUUUUUUUUUUUUUUUCCCUUAAUGAGAUGUUUCUAAUUUAAAGACCUACCUUAAAAGUAUGCAAAAAGUUAAGCGUGUUUGUUUAGGUUUCCUUGAUAGAAAUUUCUGUAAAUUGUAUUUUAUAUGACAAAAAUAUAUCACUGUACAUUAAAAUAUGGGACUGCACAGGUUUUUGUUACUGUAAGUAGAAUAAACAUCUACAGAGAACUGCUGUCCACUUCUCAAA